UGGAUUAUAACAUUACAAUAAUAAACGAUAGUGUGACAGAAAACAAUACAUAAUAUUUUUUCAAUCUAAACUAUAAUGUGAUAAGAAUCAGAUUAUUUGAUGAUUCAUAACAGUUAUUAUUAGAAGAAAUUAAAUAUAGGAAACACAACGAAUACUUAAAACAUGUGGCUGUAUUGCAUGGAUAUAAAUUGUCUGCCAAAAGUGACCUCAUUGCCAUCCUAUGUUUGAAUUACAGCUAGUAUGAAAAGUCAACGCAAUGACGAUUGGAAGUGUAUUGUUUUGUUUGAUACUAUUUAUAUUGACAAAUGGAGAAAUAUUGGAUUUCGAUGAUAGAAAUUAUGAUGAAUUCUGCAAUCUUUGCCAUUGCAAUGAAGACAGGACCGUAGUGGACUGCUCCCGUCGGGGACUCACGGAUAUUCCAAGUAGUGUUGAUGUACAGAUAAAACGACUUAAUUUGUCAUUUAAUGAAAUCUCAACGUUUCCCAAAAACUUGGGAAAACUUUACAACUUAAUAUCUCUGGAUAUUAGUGUAAAUCAUUUAAGUGACAUUCCGGAAAAUGCUCUCAGCAAUCUAACAUCCUUGGAAGUACUCAUCUUAUCUAGAAAUCAGUUUGAGUCAUGGACAAAAAUAAACCCAAGUUCAGUGCUACAACCCGCAACAAGCUUGAAAAUAUUGGAUUUAUCAAAUAACAAAUUUAAGACCUUAGCUGCUAAUGAAGAAUUGUUCAUUAGCCCAACUUUGGAAACUCUAAAUUUGGACAAUUGUGAAAUAGAAUCUAUAAAUGGUGAAACUUCUUUAAACGGACUCAUAAACUUAAAAGUCUUAAAGUUAAAUUCAAAUCCUUUACUAAAAAUUAAAAACUUAUCAUCAAAAUCUUUAAAAAGUCUUUAUGUGAGUAAUUGCUUACUAGGAGAAAUAAGUGGUUCGGAAUUUACUAAUUUACCAUCAUUAAUUUAUUUGAGAAUUUCGCAUAACUAUGGCUUGCGAUUUUCAUCUUCCAAUGUGCUCUCAGAUUCAGUUCGAUAUUUAGAUAUAUCUUAUAGCAAUCUUCUUCAGCCUAAUAUACACGGAUUUCCAAAUCUCAGAAAGGUUUUACUCAGUCACAAUAUGAUACGAUACUUGAAAAGCUAUGAAUUUAUAAACAAUACAAAGUUAGAAUACUUAGAUUUGUCUUACAAUAACAUAGGGUCAUUAACAGUGGACACCUUUCAUGGUCUAACUAUGUUAAAAUAUCUUGACUUAUCUUGGAAUGAAAUUGCGGUUGUUCCUGAAAACAGUUUGCUAGAAAUGCCAUCAUUAACCCAAUUAAAACUAUCUAGAAAUUAUCUAUCAAAAGUUGGACAUCUUAAAUCUUUAUCCAUAACAGUUUUGGAUAUGAGCUCCUGUGAAAUCAACACGAUAGGAAAAGAUUCUUUCGAGGGCUUGCAAUCUAUAGUUGAUUUAGAUUUGUCACAUAAUCUAAUUUCUCAUAUACCAGAUAGUAUUUCAUCAAAUACAUUGAAACAUUUAAACUUGAAUGUAAAUCGAAUUAGUUUUAUUAACAAUUUCACUUUUUUCAUGCUACCAAGGCUAACGACUCUGUCCCUCGCAGGAAAUAGAUUUACUUCAAUAUUUAAGCGAUCGUAUUUCCAAUCUAAUCCCUACCUAGAAAGCCUAGAGUUAGGUGACAAUAUGUGGCGAUGUGACUGUAAAGACGAAAAUAUGCUUGACUUUUACGAAUUCUUGACUUUAGAACCUUAUAACAAAGAGGGUUCUCAUAAUCUAAUAUGUAAUAGUCCUAUUAGUGUUGUUGGACAAACAUGGUUAGAAGCAUGUUAUUUUACUUGGUAUCCGAGUGACAAAGGACCAAAUCCAGAUAGUCUUAUUUGGUUCAUUAUAAUCAUGAUAAUCGGUUUAGCACUAUGUAUAGCUUUAGUUAAUUGUAUAAGAAGUUCAAUGAAAAAACGUUUAGCCGCAAUACAAGCAGACCGAGAGAGACAAGUUGAAGAAGCUAGAGAUAGAUUAAGACAAUUGAGAAUGCGCGCUGAACAGGAAGCUUUAGUUAAUACACCAGAUCCUCGUGAUUUGGUACCACCACCCACUUAUGAUGAAGCUCUCUCAAUGCCGAAAUUAGCAGCCUCAUGCCACUCUCUAUGUGAAGCAGGCACAGGAAAAACUCGGAGAAAAAGAGGGCGGAGGAAAACUAAAUCGAGUGGUGACUUACUAGAUGAAACAGAGAGAAAUGGAGAUUUGCCAAUCGAAGAAGUUUUAGAACUGACUGAAGUCACUGAUAACAAUAGAAGGCGAAGACGUCGCAAAUCAACUCGUUGUGGGAGUCAUGAAAUUGCUGAACUUGAUCGCUCGCCUGGUGCUCGAAGGAGACAAAUUUCUGAACUUGAGGUCGCUGACGAUAGUGUAACCAUCGAAGUGAACCCAGAAUUAGAAAGACCUUUAAGACCGAGGAACAGAAGAUAUUCUAGUGAUGAUGACCUUAGGGAAAGUAACUUUUAAAUAGAAGAAAGUCAUUAUAUGUAAAGAUUUAUUUACUUAAAUAUAAUAUUUUACUUUUGUUA